AUGAGUGAUCAGCCUGCCCUCGUCUUUGAAGCUGGCUCGUUGUCCUCUUCAGAGACGACUCCACGCUCGUUAAACGCCGAUACGACGCAGAACAAGGAAGAAAGAGCAGAAAAGUCCAUCAACACGCAGCUUCACGCGGAUUCUGCAGAGCUCGAGGGCCUACGGUCUGUUGCGCUCACUCCAACGACCGAAUUGGACGACAAUCGAACGACCAUCGCGCCUGCAAGUCCUCCUCUUGUAUUCAAGAGUGUCCCCUCGACACCAGCAAAGGGCACCUUUGCGUCUGAAGCCCACGACGACGAUGCUGACGAGAUUCUCCUCCCAUCUACCAUAGCCCAACACGCUCCUCGUUCGAAUGGAAUAUCGGCAGAAGCAGAAAAUGACGAAGACGACCCACGCAAUCUCGUCAUCUCGUCGUUGCGCUCCCAAAUAUCAGACCUAUUCUCCCAGGUCGCCCUACUCAAUUCGAAACUCGUCCAGUCUUAUGACAGAAUGUCAAACCUCGAGGAAACUUUGGACGAGAACAACGAAAGGCUACGCGCGCUCGAGGGCGAAAAGGUCAACCUCGAGCGAGAGAAGAGUAUUUUGGAGGUCGAAAAGCAAAAGCACGAGAAUGCGAUUAAAGAUGGAAGACUGGUGGAGCGUACAUCUAUCGCGGAAGAAAUGAAUCGACUGAUGGAGCAAUCUAUUGCCGCGCAAAAUGCUCAAAAAGCUGCAGAGGCAAAGCAUGCUCAGAUAGAAGCAGAGUUGUCAGAUCUCUCUGCCAACCUGUUCAGUACAGCAAACGACAUGGUGGCGACGGAGCGAAAGAAUCGUCUCUCUGUCGAAGAUGCGCUUUCUACUGUCAAAUCUGAGCGCAUCAGGCUCGAGAAAGAGCUGGAGGUGGCCAAGCGGCAGAUGGAAGAAAGUCAACGCACCGUCGACCACCUUCGUGAAGAACGAGAGCUUCGCGAGGCGGACUUGAAAGAGUUGCGCGCUGCAGUCAACUCUGUCGGUUCGACAAGCAUUUCUAGCUCUUAUGCUGGAGCAAUACGUAUGAUGAACACUCAUCCGCCAUACCGAGACGAAUACCUUUCGUUUCUUGCGCACCUCCGCUCCCUCGUCGCAACUACGCCGGCUCCACCGCCAAUCUCGUCUGUUCUCACACUUCCGUUUUUACAACGCUUGGCUGUCGAAGAUUCGGAGCCGACUUUACGAUUAGACUUGGCGCCCUCUCUCAAUUGGCUUACUAGGAGAUCAGUUCUCGCGGCUGUUCAUGCGAACACCCUCUUGAUAGAACAAAUUCACGUUGCAACCCUCUUCCUGGAGAGCAGCGCUUCCUCGUAUUCGUAUUCUAGUUUUGGUGGCGGUACCUCGCUUCCAACAUCGCCCACUCAGUUGACAAAGGUCAGCUGUGCCUUGUGCGGCAAAGUGGUCUAUAUGUCGCCGGAAGCGAUCCAAGCGGAGCAAAAUGAACACCACUCUAUGAUCAUUUCACAAUCUCCCACCACGCCUACGCCCACCGCGACCAAUGCGCCACCACUUCCCCCAAGAACGCGCACGGAUUCUGGUGGUACUGGCUGGGUGGCUAGCAAGUUUUUGAAGACUGUCAGCCUCUCUUCUCUUAGCGGUUCGACAAAUGGGACAAUCACGCCGCGCCCAAGCACCCCGGUUAGCCGAAACUCGCUUGAUUCGCCUACAGUGGUAGCCACUCCGCCAAAUGCAAUGAUCCGACCAUCGUCCCCGCCGCCUUCGACUUCGUUGCAGACUGUCAUUCAUGCGUUCCGUAUUCCGCUUGCCAAUAAAAACGCAAGCUCCAAUGGGGCGGACAGCACAGGUGCUGAAAACUAUGGCCCUCCCUAUCCUCUCUGCCACACCGGGUGGUGUGUUUCGAGACUGAGAACGACUUGCGAGCUUUGGGGACAUGUCAAUCGUGGCGUGCUUGAACGCGUUUGGCGGGAGGCCCGCUCAAUCGACCUUCGGCUCCGCGUUGGAGACGUGUCGCCUACUGGAGAGCGAAUGGAGGAAGCAUUUGGGAAACUUCGCGACCCAAGUCCGACACCAGCCAAGCGAAAGGCCCCCACGUUUUGGGACAUGGGCAAGAACGUCCUGGACAAAGCUAGAGGCGCCUCACCGAUUAGUGGUCCGUCGCCUUCUGAUGGAUCGAAGUCGACUCUAUUUGGGGGCAUGCGGAGAUCGUUUUCUGGAGGGCGAAACACGAGUCCCUCUGCGAAUGGUGUUGUCCGGGUAGAAAGUUCAGGAGUGGAAGAAUCCCCCCGCUUGUCGGCCCCUGCUCCGCAGCGCGUGUCUAGUGAUGCCGAUAGCGGUAAACUGGAUCUUGGAGACGACAUGUCCGAGUCGGACGUGCAGGAGCUCCAACAGGAUACAAUCAAGAGAUCCAGUUCUGAUUCUGGAAAGAGAGGGAUUGCGCGCCUAAGUGCACUAUUCAUUGCACCUGGCGUUGUGGAAGAAAAGGCGGAUGCGGGAGAAAAGGUGGAUGGCAACCUCGCGAAGGAAGUGGAGGCACCCCUGGAGCUGGCUCAUCCUGCAGCAUACUCUGACACGUCAAAGGAAAUCCCAAGCCAGACAGCUACUGAGCUUGAGGUACCAGCCGCUCCGGAAGUCGACGCACGAACACCUCACGCAACAACUUUCUCAGAGGGACAAGGUACCAAGGAUACUACACUGGAUUCGACUGGAGUUAAUCAAAAUGCGACAACUUCACAUCCUAUCAAUGCAGCCCCAGAUUCCGUAGCCCCCGAAGUGGUACCCGAGCCCAAUCAGCCGUCGGCGGACUCAGUGGAGAAGCCUCCUGUCUCGAAGGAUGCAGACAGAGUUGCUUCUCCGCCGCCUUCGGUACCAAAGGCCCCCAUCACUCCUGGUAAAACAGCACCUCCCCCUGUACCGCGACGAGCAGCCGCAAGGAACGCAGCCGCGAGAAGUAGUAUUGUCGCUAUACCUAAAGAGCCCGAAAAGAUCGAGAAGGAAGCUUCGAUUGAGCCAGCGAAGGAGGAAACGACCUCGGCGGAUGUCAAGGAUGCAACAGCCACAGCAGCUGCAAUUGACGAGACCAAGGCAGCGAACUCCUCGGAGUUGGACGAAAAGGCGGUUGGUCAGCCGAUAACGAGCACAGUAGAUCCACCGACCGCGCAACCAGAGGAAACCAAGGCACCUCAAGACCAAGAUGCCACUGUCAUAGAGCCGAGUCACUCCAAUGUAUCUACGCCCAAGUCAAUCUCCAUGCCACUACCUCCUCUCGAGAUGCCCUCUCCGAGCAGGCAUCCAGUUCCCCAACUGCCAGUGUUCCUCGAAAAAGAGGAUGUAGCGAUUGAAGAGACCAAGGUGGGUCGCUCUCGUCAACAAUCUGUAGUGUCUAGCUCCUCGGACUACACUCCAUCCGUUUACACCAACAACUCCGCGGCUCCGAUACCAGACGACGAUGGACCCCCAGUUCCAGAAAAAGGAGGGCUUGGACACGAAUUCUAUGUAGGACGCACUACUUGGGAAGAGAGGGCCUGGUUAGAGCUCGUACGAAUUCGAGAGCGCAUGUUUUGGGCCAGAUUGGGGGGCGUGAUUCACUCUUCGUAA